AUAGUUGCUUUUAAAAUCUUUGACAUUUUCUUGGUCAAAACCAAACCGAACAGGGUACGGCAAACCACGCUGAAUCCGUGGUGGUAACUGAUUUGAAUUCCUGCGUGAGAGUGGCAAAUGCGGCAUCUUUAUCGUUAGGAAGGAAGAAGGAGGAAGACGACGGCAUUUUGGUGAUCGAGAGAGGAGAAAUGGCGAAGGGCCUGCAACAACUACAGGGACAAAACCUGCCACCGGAUGUGGCCCAUGUUGUCGAUCAGCUGGAACGCCACUGCUUGGCUCCCGAUGGUUCCCUCGGCUCCAAAUCCGCAUAUUACGACCUCCAACUCGCCAGGGAGGAAAUGUGCAGGGAAAGAGUCCGUUACUUGGAAGCCAUGGCAAUUUAUGGUGAGGCAAUUGCAAUGGUGGAGGAGUAUCAACAGGGAUUGAAGCAUUCUUCUGAGGCUGAGUGUCAGCUGUACGAGACAUUAGAGCAUCGUAUGACCAUUGCAGAAGCGGCCCAAAGGUCUAGGCUUCCUCUUGUCUCAAAAGAUGGUGAGGUUCAUGAGGAAGAGAUUGAAAAAUGCAGUAUAAUGUCACGGAGUUCCCUUGAUAGUACUUGUACCGGUGUUACAAUCAGCUCAAGUUCCAACUCCACAAAUUAUACUGCAAGCAACAGUCUUUCUUUUAGUGCUACUGAUAUUGUGGAACCUGGACUUGGUGGUGUACCCAAUCGCUUUCUUGGAAUUACACCUGCUUAUUUAUGGCAAACACAGCUCCAGCAAUCUCCCUUUUGUGUGGAUAUGAAAGAAUACCAGUUGUGUCUUUCCCGUGAGAUUGAGGCUCGGUUGGAAGAAAAAUGUGACAAGUUAGCUGAUGCAUUAGUAAUUGAUAACAUUGAUUCAUCACCCCUGCAUGAAACUUCAAGUUCUCAGCUUCCAGAAAGGUUUGGAUUACUCUCCUUAAGUAGGGUAAAGUUGAUAACUGAGGAGAUAGAAAGGGAGGAAGAGGCUUUGCAGGAAGAUCUAUAUUCUGCAGAUAGAAAAUUUUCUGAAUACUAUAACGUCUUAGAGCAGAUACUGGGAGUUCUCGUCAAGUUAAUCAAAGAUUUGAAGUUGCACCAUCAACACAAUUAUGAUGAACUACAAAAAACAUGGCUGUGCAAAAGGUGUGUGACCAUGAGCGCAAAACUGAGGAAGCUGGAGUAUGCUAUCGUUGGUCAAACGUAUACUAAGGAAUCUGUACCAGCCCUACGUAAAAUUAGGAAGCAUCUUACUGAUGCUACGGAAGAAGCUUCGGUUACAUAUAAUAAAGCGGUUACGCGCCUUCAUGAGUAUCAGGGUGUCGAUCCUCACUUCGAUCAAAUUGCAAGGCAGUACCGUGAUAUUGUAAAGAAACUGGAAAACAUGAAUUGGACGAUCCACCAAGUUGAAAUGGACCUGAAACGCCUCCCGGAUCAUCCGAACGCCUAGAACCAGCAUGUUUCUUUCGCAGUUUUAUUAACUUGAAUUUUUCUAUUUGUUGAAAUCAGUUCGAACCCGAUUUGUUCCAAUAAACUUUGCCUGAUUGGCGUACAAAUGUAACUAGUACUCGGGGUUAUUUUGCCCCAAUUUUCACCCAACUCGAACCGUUUUUUUAGCUUCA